AUGUUGGAAAUUAUUGUUCAGAGAAAAUCAAUAGCAGAUAAACACACAAGUCAAGAUGAAUUAUUAAAAGAUGAUGCUAUCUCUUUUAUUCCAACUUCAAUUGGUCAAUUCUUCUUGGUUUUAAUAAGAUUUGUUAAUGAAUUAUUAAGUCGUAUUAAGGAAGCAUCAAUAAAUGAAUCAACAUUUAUACUAGCAAAAAAUUUGGAAAAUCUCAAAGAUUUAUGGAAAAAGUCUUUCAACAAAUCUACAAAUGAACAAAAUGAUCCAUUAAUCUCAAAUGAUAAAGGACGUGAAUUCUUCUUUGAAAUUCUAGAUAUAGAAUUCGAUGCAUCAAUAAAUGAAUCAACAUUUAUACUAGCAAAAAAUUUGGAAAAUCUCAAAGAUUUAUGGAAAAAGUCUUUCAACAAAUCUACAAAUGAACAAAAUGAUCCAUUAAUCUCAAAUGAUAAAGGACGUGAAUUCUUCUUUGAAAUUCUAGAUAUAGAAUUCGAUGGUAUGAAGAAGUCUUUAAUAAGAACCCAAGGAAAACAAUCAAGUUAUUUAGAAAAAAACUCAUCGGAACCAGAGUCUUCAUCGCAAUCAUAUAGAGAAAAGUUUAAAUUUAUAAAUAUGAAAAGAAAUUACGAUCCACCAGGAAACUUGUCAGAACUUGGACCUCGUCAUGAUAACGAUUUUGAAGAUUUCACCAAGAUUCUAAUUGCUCCUACAAAAGAUGAAAUUCUUUGCGUACGCGAACCUUUUAUACCAACAUUUAAUAUUCCUGGAAGUUUAGAACUAUAUUGGACUCAAAAUAAUGCCGAAAGACUUCUAGACUCACAAUUUAGAUUGCUUCGUGAAGAUAUGCUUCAUCCUAUUAAAAAUGGCAUAAUUCAGUUUUUAAGUUUUAUGUCAGACAACCAAGCUGUAAAUCAAACAAAAAUCCGAGAGUAUUAUAAUGACGGUGGUAAAUUUAAUCAUAAUGGUGGUGGAUUAUAUGUUUAUUCCAAUAUCAAGUUUGAAAAUAUUUCAGUUGAUAGACGCUGUGGUUUCCUGCUCAAAGUUUCUUUUAAACAACGACAUAUGAGAUCAUCAUAUGACAGGAGGCUGUAUUGGAGAAAUUCUAAAAAAUUGAUGAAUGGAAGUUUGAUAUGUUUAUUAUUGCCACCUGCAAAUGAUAAAUCUCAAAAGGUCAAUGAUCAAUAUUCAUUUUUUUUUGGAAUUGUCGCAUCAAGAGAUGAAUCAGAUUUGUCCAAAGAACGAGCAGAAAUUGGAAUUGAACUUAUAGGUGAUUCCGUUUAUCCAAUUGCCAUCAAGCGAAUAUUUCAAAAAAAAAAUACUUUUCACUCUUCAAAUUUUAUGGUGGAACCUGCAGGGGUAUUCUUUGAAGCAUAUUAUCAUGUUCUUAAGACUAUUCAGAGUACAAGGCCAUCCACAUUACCAUUCGUACAAUAUCUGACACCACCCAAAGAGGAGGAUGAGUUAAUGGGUCUUCAAGCCCCUGUUUAUGCAAAAGCACCAGAUUUUUAUUUUGAUUUAUCAGCUUUGCUUGAAAAUAAAAGCAAGAGACUUCUUUUAGAUGUCAAAGAUCCUAACUCUUAUCGAAAUGCUAUCAAUGAACUUAAAUCUAGUAAAUUGGAUGAUACUCAAGCUGAAGCUUUAGUUUCAUCACUUUGCCGUGAAAUUGCAUUAAUACAAGGCCCACCUGGAACAGGAAAAACCUUUGUUGGUGUAGAAUUGAUGAAAGUUCUUCUUUCACAUGAAAAUCGAACUAAAGGAAAAUUUGGUCCAAUUUUAGCCAUCUGUUUUACAAAUCAUGCCUUAGAUCAAUUUUUGGAGAUAAAGGAAUUUAUUCCAAACUGGGAAGAACCAAAUGGUGAUAGACCAAUUGAAGAAUUGAUUAAAGAGACUAAUGUUUGGCAAAUGUCAAUGAUUGAACGUGUCAGAUUAUUCAAUUUUUGGACAGAUGAUUUACAUGAUUAUUGGUUAGAUUUACUUUAUCAAUAUAAAAACAGUUACGAAAUAAUUGCAAAACAAGUUGAUCAAAUAUAUAUUCAGAAUCGACAUAGAAUUCUGGCUGAUUGCCAUGUUAUUGGUAUGACCACCAGUGGAGCAGCUAAACUUCAAUCAUUGAUCCGAUCCGUAUACCCCAAAAUAGUAAUUUGUGAAGAAGCGGGGGAAAAUCGACAUAGAAUUCUGGCUGAUUGCCAUGUUAUUGGUAUGACCACCAGUGGAGCAGCUAAACUUCAAUCAUUGAUCCGAUCCGUAUCACCCAAAAUAGUAAUUUGUGAAGAAGCUGGUGAAGUGCUUGAAGCACAUAUAUUAUGUUCUUUGGCACCUUGUACUCAACACCUAAUACUAAUUGGUGAUCAUCAACAAUUACGACCACAAUGUGCUACUUAUGAUUUAUCAGUUGAAUCAGAGACAGGUAAACAAUAUGGAUUGGAUAUAAGUCUUUUUGAAAGGCUUGUUGAGGGCAGUAACGCAAUGAAAUUAAAUAAAUGUCAAUUGACAAUCCAGAGACGUAUGAGAGCAAUAGAAAUAUCAGAUCUUAUCAGACAUACAUUGUAUCCAGAUUUGGUUGACUAUAAAGAUACAUUUAAGUAUGAUAAAGUCAAAGGAGCACUCCACAAUGUUUACUUCAUUGAUCAUCGUUAUCAAGAAGACAAGAAUUUUAGCGAGCAUGUAUUACAAUCUCAUUCCAAUCAAUAUGAAGUUGACAUGGUUGUUGAAAUGGUAAAGCAUUUUAUCAAAAAUGGUUAUACAAAACGAGAUGACAUUGCAGUUUUAACACCUUACCUUGGACAAUUGAUGAAACUUCAAGAUGCCUUGUCUAAAUCUGUUAUGGUGAUUAUUGAUGAACGUGAUAAACAAAACAUUGAUGACUACAAAGAUGGUGACGAUUAUUUUGAUGAGAACAAUGUUAAAGUUGAUACUGUUAAAAAAAAUUUGAAUCAACAGGUUACAUUAAGAACUGUUGACAAUUUUCAAGCAUGUGGCCAUAUUUAUGAGAAUCCAAGAUGUUAUGAAGCUCGUGAUUUAUCUCUUAUAAGAUGUCGUAAAAGUGUUAAACGCAUUUUGCCAAAUUGUGGACAUGAACAUGAGCAUCGAUGUUAUGAACUUUGUGGAGACAAUUGUGGAAAGUGUCUAUUACCUAUUGAUGAUUUUAAGUUACCAUGUGGUCAUACCUAUAAGAAUCCAAAAUGUUAUGAAGCUCGUGAUAGCUGA